AUGGAAGCCGCUUUGCGUUUCUCCUUCAACUCGACACCCUAUGGUGACCAGCGUUUCCUGUACGUCGAUGUAACAGGGAAGUCAUUCAAGCUCUGCAAAGUGACCCAUGACUCCAAAGAAGCCAUCAAGUAUGACACAAUCCACACGUGCACGAAAGCGCCGGCAUUUCGUGCAUUUGACUGGCAUCCUGUCAAUGAGGACCUAGUGGUUGUGGGACAGGCUGGCGGCGAAGCCACUUUACUCAAAAUUGCGGAAGGACAACAGGACUCUUUGUCGUUCCAAGUUCGCAGCCAGAGACAAUGCAAUUCUGUGGCUCUCAACAGUGGGAAUUUGCUGGCAGCAGGACUUGACAAAGUCCGAACGGACUUCUGUCUGAACAUUUGGGACUUCAGUCAACGUCUUCCGGCUCCGGGAUAUGCGGGCUUCUCUAAGAGCUAUUCUGAGCCGGUAUACAAGCUUGCCAGUGGCGAACACAUCACAAGCUUGAAAUUUUUCCACGACCAUCCACAGCUGCUGGUAGCUGGAGUCAAAGGGCAAUUUGUCAGACUGUUUGACCUGCGAGAACCGACGGUGGGAAACGGCUUGCAGUUCGCCACCCGCUGUGUCCACAAUAUCGCCAUAGAUUGGCACGAUGAGAAUUAUUUUGCCUCCUGUUAUCCAACAUCUGAUCCCGCAAUAUGUGUCUGGGACAGGAGAAUGACAUCACGCCUCGGUCAUGCAAACAUGAUUUUCGGUUCUGGAGCUCAUACAGAGUCCCGAGCACCUGAGGUAUCCAUGGAGCUACGAAAUGCGAUCCAGAAUCCUGGUGUUAUCUGGAGUCUUCGAUUCAGUAAAGCACAGCGAGGAUGCCUUGGCGUUCUCUCUAGUACUGGGCAUCUCAAAGUGUACGACAUCGGCAAGGACUCACUAACUGAUGAGUACCGAGACAAUUAUGGGCCUGACAAUGAGCCUGCUUGGGAAACCGUCCCACCCCAAGAUUUAUUUCUCGAUCGCUUGCAGGAAGUAGCAAAGCCUUACUCAGAUCCGGCUGCACCUGGCGAUGAGAAAACUCGAGUUGUUUCAUUCGAUUUUACAACGUCCCAGACUAAGCUUGGUGAGUCAAGAAUUAUGACACUGAGUGCUACGGGCUCAGUGAAUAUUAUGACAACCCGGGCUUCACCCGAGCCAAGUACGCUUUCAUCUGUUGGGCAGCUCUACAAAGGUGAAAACCUUGUUGGCGAAGCCGAUCUACUGAACCCUCAUCCAGGCGAAUCGGCUGAACUUGUCCGGCGUCGUGCGCAGCCUCAGAACGCUCUUAAACAGGCUUACAAAGUUUCCAGGCAAAAUAAAGUAUCAACCGAGACUAAAAGAAUGUCGAGCCUGGCAGACCAAGAAUGGUAUUCGGACCUUGGAUUUUAUGAAAAGAAUGUUCCGAUUCAGGACAUGCUCACUCUGAACUCGAUUCAGCAAUUACGUUGCAAAGACGGGUAUCUCCUUGACCCCACGAAGAACAAGGCUGUCGUUUCCGACUCUCGUUGGCUACAGGCUCUUUGGGCCUGGGUAGAGAAGGCGACAAAAAGCUCUCGGAGGGGCAGCAUGGUUCAGGAUAACUUUGAUCUUUCUUACGUUGGGGUAUAUGGGCUCUGGAUGGAAGAUAUCAACUCUAAGAACCGGUCUCUCGGGCCAAGUUCUAAUAAGCUUGCCAAAAUCAUCGAAAACCUUGUCAGGCGUCUCAACAUACCCGAGCUUAAAGGCGUCUCUACUGAGUAUUAUGCAAACCGUCAACUCUGUCUCCACGCAUCAGGGCUCGCAUGGUCAUAUGAAGAUAUUGAGGUCCUCGUGAAAAGACUGGUUGCACAAAAUCAGCAUACGAAAGCUGCCGCGUUAGCUAUGUUUGCUUCACAACGGAAGCUUGCCUACAAAGCUUUGCGGGGCAAAGGUGCUACACAAUCGCAUAAAAUGCUUGCUAUGGCUAUUGCUGGUGCUUCAAGAAGAAGAAAGGUCGACGACAAUGCCACCUCCGGUGAUGACGCUGAUACCCAGGAUGACUGGAAUGAGACUGUAUCUUCACUAGCAGAAGAAUUGACAGAUCCCUACGCUCGAGGAAUCCUCACUUAUGUUAAGUCAGGAGACUGGGAAACGGUUCUCGAAGAGGAAUCCAUCCCUCUAAAGUACCGGGUUUGCAUUGCUUUGAGACACCUUGAUGACUCGAAAGUAACUCAUUACAUUUCGCAAGUAACCAAGGAAGCAGUUGCUAAAGGGGAUAUUGAAGGUGUGGUCCUAACUGGUACUGCGACACAGGAAGCGUUCGACCUAAUUUCUAGUUAUUUGCGUCGAUUUGGGGAUCUGCAAACAUCGGUUUUGGUACUUUGUCCUUCCAUUCCGAGAUAUUUGGAUGACGAUAAGAUGGUGAGACGAUUCAAUGGGUGGAAGGAUGCCUAUCGCAACAUGAUGAAUAGUUGGAACUUAAAGUUCGAUCGGGUUCGAUUUGACAUUGGUUGCCAAAAUACCGCUGUUGAUGAAGGUGGUAGGCGGCUUCUGCCACCUGCAAAGCAGCAAGUACGACUGGUUUGUGGCUUCUGUGCACAGGGAAUUGCUCAUUCUAGUGCCAAUGACCGUAACAACAGUCCUGGCCAGAGAUCGAGGGAUGGUCAAAAGCCUAUAAUGAAAGAAAAGGCAGCAGCACUCGGAACAGUCUGUCCAAAAUGUGGUCGCCAUUUACCAAGAUGUGGUGUAUGUGACUUAUGGCUUGGAAUGCCAGACGGGUCAUAUCUACCAUGGUACAGUUCACGGCACAAAUCUGGAGCUAAGGAAAGCAUGGAUCUGAGUGCAAGCAUGACGGGCAGUAUUCAGACGACGAUUGGGCCGAGCCAACAGCAGAGUGUCGCACCUCAACGAAGCCGAUCGCCACGAUUGAAGCAGGCGCAACAGUCGCAACCAGUAUCUAAGGAGUCAUCCUCGACGUCUGAGGCUUCAAAUCGAACAGCAACUCAGUCGAUAACUUCGAACACAAAAAUGGUCUCUGCUGAUGCCGCCUUGGUGGAAACAUCUCAAGAAGCAGCGGGAGGCGAAGGGAAGGAUAGGGCAGAGACUGAAGCAGCGGAGAGGUGGGACACUGCCAUGUCGCGCUUCACAGUGCUUUGCGUAAAGUGCUCACAUGGCUGCCAUGCUGCACAUGCGAGGAUGUGGUUUCAGAAGCACCGGGUUUGCCCCGUGCCGGAGUGCUCAUGUUUAUGCAAUGAAUGA